UCUUCAUGACCGUGCCUAUAACCGUGACCGAUACCGGUACUUACAUUUUGAUAACACUAGGAAUAGUGAUAAUAAUAAAUAAAUUUGUGUACAUGUUAUGUCUUGUUAAAAAAAUUGCCGAAUUGCCACUUGCCAAAUGCCAGUUGAGUUUCCGCGUUUCGUUGAGGAAAUUAUGAUCUUCAUACGUAAUAAAUCUAUAUAAAAUAAUAUUUGAAACGUACAAAUUCAUCCCACAAAUUAAAUUUUUGUAUAAUUAGACUGAAGAAAUGUUUGUUUGGGUAAUUUUUUAGGUGCACACAUCUACCAAUGAAUUAUAAGAAAUAAAACCAACCUGUAUUUAAGUUAUCUUAUUACCAUGAAAUUACCCUCAUUUACUACAAUUGUAUCUGUUUUAUUCCUAUCAUAUUUGGGUAAUCUAUUUUACUCAAUAUGGGUAAUGGUACAACCGCCAUUAUGUACUAGUGAAGGUCUAUGUUUGAAAUCAUUUUUACUUCGAAAACCUAACUUAGAACUCACUAUAUUUGUUGCACCACAAUCAAAUCCCAGAGGAACAGAAGUUAUAUUUGUAAACAGUUUUCUAUUACCAAAUUACAAUGUUUCUUAUGAAAGAUUGAUGUCUGUAGAAUUACCAAGACUAACCAAACAAAAUGGAACAUUGUAUGCUCAUGUAUUCUUAAGUAAAGCUCAAGAAACACUAUAUACUGGUGAUAAAUGGACCAAAUUAUUAACUGACCCUGAGACUGUAUACACCUUAGUACCAAUGUUUAUUUACAAAGAACCUGAAUAUAAAAUUUUUCAAUUACUACAAGAUGGGGAAAAUGUAAAAAGGAAUGUCGAAAAACCAGUGACACAUAUAAAGGCUGUAUUAUCAGUUAGCAUGUUAACAGAACCAUUACAUUUAUCUCAGAUUCAUAUGCCUAGCGAUAUCUAUCAAUAUAUAAGGUUAUAUGGAAAAAAACAAGAGUAUUUACCUAUAUUUCUAUACAAUUCUCUUCAGGAUAGAUCCUUCAAUAUAACAAAAAUCAACAAAAACACUACACAUGUACCUAUUUUGUUGCGAUAUGAACCUUUAAGUUACACUGGACUAAGAAUAUUAACACAAACUCAAUUAGCUAUGGUAACAUUGCUACAAUUUGGAUUCAAAAAUAAAGAUAUUGAUGAAAUUAAAGCUAUUUUUGAUACUAAUCAUUAUUUGUUAUUAAUUUCAAUUAUUGUUGCAUUUGUUCAUAUAUUAUUUGAUUUUCUAGCCUUUAAAAAUGACAUAUCAUUUUGGCGAUCAAGAAAAUCUAUGGCUGGGUUAUCAUCACGUCUCGUUUUAUGGCGUGCUUUUAGUCAAACUGUUGUAUUACUUUAUUUAUUUGAAGAAAAAGCUUCAAUGUUGAUCAUUGUACCAAGUGUAAUCAGUUCUAUAAUAGAGAUUUGGAAAGUGUUUAAAAUCAUACCAAUAGAUUGGAAAAAUCUAAAACUUAAACAAAUAACCCUAAAUCGUGCUGAAGAAGAUACUAAAAAAUUUGAUGCUGAAUCCAUGAAAUAUCUCUCAUACGUUUUAUAUCCAUUAUGUGCUGGUGCCGCUAUUUAUUCACUGAUAUAUGAACCACAAAAAAGCUGGUAUUCAUGGAGUAUUAAAAGUCUUGUAAAUGGAGUUUAUGCAUUUGGUUUUCUUUUUAUGCUACCUCAACUUUUUAUCAAUUAUCGACUUAAAUCAGUAGCCAAUCUUCCAUGGAAAACAUUUAUGUAUAAGGCGUUUAACACUUUCAUUGAUGACUUGUUUGCAUUUAUUAUUCCUAUGCCAACUGCCCAUCGAUUAGCCUGUUUCAGGGACGAUAUAGUUUUUCUCAUUUAUAUCUAUCAAAGAUGGUUGUAUCCCGUGGAUCAAAGUAGAUUUGAUGAAGAUGUUGAAAUACCUGAAUUGCCUUCUGAAGAAUUAAAGACAAAAACUGAUUAAUUUGUUGAUCAUUAUAUUUUAUACUAUUAUGAUUAUGUUAUAAAAAUAAAAUAUAUUAUUUUUGUUUACACUCAAUGCACUACUAAUUGACUAAUAUAUAUAUUUUUUUUUUGUGUUCUUUGUGAUAUUUUGAAUUUAUAUAGUUGUUAUUUUUUGUACUUAAAAUUAUGGAAGUUGUAUAAGACAAACACGUGUUUUUUUUUUAUAUAUAAAAUUGUGGUGAAAACAAAUAAUGCUUUUUAAAGAUAUUUUUUGUUUUUAAUAUAACCAAUAGAAUUGUUAUUUUAAUUUUACUUGGUGAUUGAUAUAAAAAUAUAUAUAUAAUAUAAUAUAUUUACUAUUUUUAAUAUAAUUUUAAAAUUUUAUAAAUUGCUUUAUUUGUUUAUUAAUUUAAUAAGUCGAUAUGCCAGUAAUUAAUUUUAUGUGUUUAUUAUUUUAACAUAUUAUUGGCUGAUUUAAGUUGAUUUAAAAUAAAAUAAAUAAUAUUUAUGAACUUUUUUUUUUUUAUAUAAUAUUAAAAAAUAAUUUUGAUAAAUAUACAUUUGGUGUAAUUGUUGAA